CUUCCUUUCUGUACUCUUUGCCCACGCAGUCUGUCUAUUAGCUUCUCGCCCUUCUCUGUCUGUUUCUGUCUCUGUUUCUCCCUUUCUUUCAGACAUGCAUGUUGCAUACAGGCAUACAUGCAUACAUGCCCUCAAUACGAACGAAUCUCCUUGCGUGAUACGAGCAAGAAUACCCUGGGUUUCUUUCUUUUUUCUUUCUUUUUUCCUUUUAGCUUUCUCUCACUGGUUGAUUCUGCCUGUCUAUCUGCAUUCUAACUAUCUGGUUGUCUUCCCUCUCCUCUCUUUCGUACAUGCUGGUUCUUCUUUCAUGAUUGACGGUAUUCAAUUUACCUUUUCAUUCAUGCAUGCAUACAUGGUUCGUUUUGCUCAUUGGUUCAUUGGUUGAUGGAUGGAUUGGUUAGUUGCUUGGUUGGUUGGAUCACUACCUGGCUGCCUUUCUGCCUGGCGGGCUGG